UUCCGGCGGGCGGGGCGCUCUCCGGCCCGGGUCUCCGGAGGGCAGAUUGGCCGCCGGGUUCGGGGCCGAGGCGCGGCUGGUGCACCCAUGGCGGAGGGCGGCGGCCCCGACGGGCGGGCAGGGCCGGGGCCCGCAGGUCCUAAUCUGAAGGAGUGGCUGAGGGAGCAGUUUUGUGACCAUCCGCUGGAGCACUGUGAGGACACGAGGCUCCAUGAUGCAGCCUACGUGGGGGACCUCCAGACCCUCAGGAGCCUGUUGCAAGAGGAGAACUAUCGGAGCCGCAUCAACGAAAAGUCUGUCUGGUGCUGUGGCUGGCUCCCCUGCACGCCAUUGAGAAUUGCUGCCACCGCAGGUCAUGGGAACUGUGUGGACUUCCUUAUCCGAAAGGGAGCUGAGGUGGACCUGGUAGAUGUAAAGGGGCAGACCGCCCUAUAUGUGGCUGUGGUGAAUGGGCACCUGGAGAGUGCCCAGAUCCUUCUCGAAGCUGGUGCUGACCCCAACGGAAGCCGGCACCACCGCAGCACCCCUGUCUACCAUGCCUCUCGAGUGGGCAGAGCUGACAUACUGAAGGCCCUCAUCAGGUAUGGGGCUGACGUCGAUGUCAACCAUCACCUGACUCCUGACACCCAACCCCCCUUCUCCAGGCGGCUCACCUCCCUGGUGGUCUGCCCCCUGUACAUCAGUGCGGCCUACCACAACUUGCAGUGCUUCAGGCUGCUUUUGCAGGCCGGGGCCAACCCCGACUUCAAUUGCAAUGGUCCUGUCAACACCCAGGAGUUCUACAGGGGCUCCCCUGGGUGUGUCAUGGAUGCCGUCCUGCGUCAUGGCUGUGAGGCAGCCUUCGUGAGCCUGCUGGUGGAAUUUGGAGCCGACCUGAACCUGGUGAAGUGGGACUCAUUGGGCCCAGAGUCGAGGGGCAGAAGGAAGGUGGACCCCGAGGCCUUGCAGAUCUUUAAGGAGGCCAGAAGCAUUCCAAGGACCUUGCUGAGUUUGUGCCGGGUGGCCGUGAGAAGAGCUCUUGGCAAACACCGACUUCAUCUGAUUCCCUCGCUGCCCCUGCCAGACCCCAUUAAAAAGUUUCUACUUUAUGAGUAGAAGAUGCAGGUGAUCUGAGGGAGAGCCACCGCUGAUGCCUGCAUCUUGUGAACCAUCCUGUGCUGCCGAUCGCUGGUGAAGAGACGGCCUGUUCUCAUGGACUGUAAUUCCAUCUCAGGUGCUGGGGCCACGGAACAAACAGUCCUUGGGUCAUUGUCAGCCGAGAGGCUUAUACAAAACUUAAUUUUGUUCUUCCUGAAUACUUCUGUUUUGGAUUUUUGCAGUUGUAUGUUAAUGAAAUGGGCCAUGAAGUGUGUGCAGGUGUGGGUGAGACUGGAGGCUUGCUGAUAGCCCCAGUAGGGAAGACUCCUAGCACUUUCCAGAACUGUGCUUUUAUUUAUUUUUCUACUUUGCAAUUAUUCUAUUAAAACCUUAUAUCUAAAUGAAAUGGAGUUUUGGUAAAAAAAAAAAAAAAAUUAAGUAGGGAACAGAAAUGCAGUUCAUGAACUUGCUAGUUUGUUUUCCCUGCUUCUGGGGUCGGUGUGUGCAUUCGACAUACCCCCACUUCCUACCACUCUCAUGCUCUUUUUGUGAGUUGCCUUCAUUCAAGGAUGGUUUCCUGGCUGCACGGGCUGUCAGUGUUAUCUGGGUGUGGUGGUCACAGUGCACGACUUGUUCUCAUACCUCCUGUACCUCGCCUCCUGCCAAUGGUGUCAGGAGCUUUCUGCCUUUUCACUUUAGGAAGCUUCCAGACUGUGACUGAUUUAAGGAGGCCCACAGAGAACGAACCAGCCAGGAUAUGGCAGCCUACUUUUAGAUGGGGACCAUCCUAACAGCUGUCACUGCCAGUUAUAAUGAGAAACACCUGAGGCGCUGUCUCCAGUCCCUGGAUGGUUCCAGGCAUUCAGUUGCUGGUGUCCAGUGGACAACACAUCUGGUGUUGGUUGACUGCCCUUCACUUUCUGGGCCUAGCGGCUUUGGUAGCUGUGUCUAGAGUCUAAGGCAGGGGAGAGGAGUGAGGCCAGAAGUCUUUCCCACUUGUCCAGAGCUGGCAGUUGUGGAGAGAUGACUGUCACUGCAGGUAUCUGUGGCUGUGUGGGUGGGGCUUGCUUCCUCCCUCAAGGCUGUGCAGCCAGGAGUGAAGGUCACUGGCAGGUGGGCCAGGGUCUGUGGCCUCAGAGCAUUUCCUAGUGAAAUGUUAUUUAGCCAGUUGAAGCCUCUGAGGACUAUUGUCAGGAUUUGUGGUGAUUCUAAACUUCCUAAGUGUUUAGAAUUUCUGCCACGUGAAAAUCUAACUUGUCAAAAUUGAUGAUAUGUUAAUAAUUCUUAGCAUCAUCAUGUGUUUUAGCCAACCAGGCAGGUGACAUAUGGCCUUUAUGUUCUAGAGCCUAAGGAUGGAAUUGUACCUCUUUAGGUGUCAUGGGUGGGCUCCCUGCCAGAGCACUGGGCACCUUGUGUGGACUCAUGCAGCUCUGAGGGAGAAGCCAGCAGGUUAUUCAGAGAGAAAAGCCAGUCCUGGGCGUUUGCCCAGCUGUCGGAAUGUGGUGGCCUGGAUUCCUGAGCCCUGAGAUUUGGCUCCAUGCUGCCCCUGGGAGGGACUUGGGCUCAGGUCCGACUGAGUAAGAGAGACCUUUCCUAAGAGAGGAGAGAAGGGUAGGUGGGGGCCGCCAUAGCUGGAGCGAUGUGCUGCGUGGGCUCCAGCACAGGAGAGAGUCAGGUGUGUUCUGUGAGGCACUCAAGGUAGGACUAGGCCCAGAGUUGGAUGGCUUGGGCAGGAGCUUUAGUGAGUUAGGGGAGGUUAUGUGGACUUCUGAGCCUCCUGCAUAUAUACCACCCAUCCUGCAGGGGUCUCUUGUCACUGGAGAUGGGCUGGCUAUUGUUUGUCACCUUGGUAGAGUUGAAAGUGCUUUCUGGAGUGAGCAGUUCACUGAUGCCACUUGGAGCCCUUUCCUGAUUUCCUGGUGAGGUUUCCCGCUUCUGCCCUUUGGCUCAGUGGGAGAGAAGCUGCAGGUGAGGUGUACCGAGGCUCUUCACACACUGAGGGGCUGUGUUCUCAGACUGAAGAGCAGCUCCCAGAGUGCUGUCUGUGCAGGAGUGCCUUGCUUCUGGUUACUGAACCGUCUCCCAUGGUCUCGAGAAGAAUGGAACCAACGGAUCAUCCAUUUGGGCCAGGGAGGUAAUGUGUCUGGGGAGAGAAUGAAUGAGCCAGGAUAGUGCCCACUCCUGGUCUUCCCCUGGCAUGGGUUGUACCCCAGCUGGUCUGCAGGUGGCCAGGGUUGUAGCCUGUUUUUCUGGUACUCAGGAUUGAACCAGGGGUAUGUUAAUACCACUGAGCUACAUCCCUGGCCCUUUUUAUUUUUUAUUUUGAGAUAGGGUCUAAGUUGCUUAGGGGUCUGCUAAAUUGCUGAGGCUGGCCUCCAACUUGCAAUCCUUUUGCUUCAGCCUCCUGGAUUGCUGGGAUUACAGGUGUGUGCAUCCUGCCUGGCUAGGGUCACUGCUGGGAGCCAUUAGCCAAGUAGGUUAUGACAAUUUCCUUGCCAGCGUACCCCAUGUUGCUUAGUGGAAGGACUCGUGGAAAUAGGACAUUUUGCAGUGACAUUGCAUGUAGGUGACCUUGCUCAAGGACCAGGGCGGUUCCAGGUUUAGGGCGUUCCCGGUUUAGGAUUAUUCCUGCUGAGAAUAGGGCAUAUCCUGCUGCCUGAGUUCCCCUUGGGUCACUGCUCUUCAUUUGCAGAGGACAUAUUCAGCUUUCCCUUUGCCAAUUUUUGUUUUGGAAUCCCAACAACUUUGAGGUUCAUCCUUUUGUUUGAGCCUUCAUAGCUGCCAAACCUGGAUCUGAGAAUAGUGUUGGUAAACGACAAAGGUCAUCUUCCCUGUUUUAGUGAGACUCACUUUACUAAAACUCUCUUUCUCUUUUGUUUUUAAGGAUAGAUUAUAGGAUAGGAAAGACUAGCUCCCUCCACCUGAGCACUUUAUGAAGUCAUGCGUCUAAGCCCUGGGACACUACAUCCCACAUCAUGAGGAAAUAUGGAGCUGGUGAGGUGCUGCCCGCCUGGCCCAGUGCAGGAGAGGGGAUGAGCCUGAAUGUUGUCCUCAGCCUUCCUCGGGCAGCUGCGGGCCACUAAAUUGCACCCCAAGUUGUGGCUGCUGUGAGCAUGGGGUGGCAGGUAGUAUCGUACCUCUGAGAAUUCAGCUUUGGAAUCCUCGAUAAGGGUUUUAGAUGUAUUUCCAAAAACCCAUCAGUGUCUCAUGUUGUUUGACUUUUCAUUUUUGCCUGUGUUAUUUAUAUAGCUAUUUAAGUCUUGUUCCAGAAAAGACUUAAAUAGCUAUAUUUAAGUGAUGCUUGUGUUUUGGUGUUUGUUUUGAUGUUUGGUAAUAGAGUGUCCCUGUUAAAUAGGUCACUAGCAGUUUCUAACAGGACUUGUGUUUCUGUCAUCAGGCUUAAGUACCAUAAAUUUAAGUUUUUCCUCUUUUUCCAUGAAUUGAUCCUUCAAAUAAAAAAUUUGUGAAAGAGAAAUUUACAGCAGUCAUGGGCUUGCCUAGGGGAGGGACCUGCCCAAGAGCUGCUCCGGCCUGGGCUCUGUGGCUGUCCACGUGGCUGUGGGCGGGCGGGCCCUGUGCGUAGUGAGCGCUCGCUCCAUCAGGUGUGAGAACAGCUGCUGCGCCUCUCCCAGGCUGCACGUGAGUCGCUGUUGUCAGGACUGCUGUCCCUCCUCAUAUUGGAUGUGCCUUGAGGCAGUGACAAUGCUGGGAGAACCUGUGACUGGGAGGCCCAAGCUUGACCUAGAGCUGCAACAGGGGAAGCUGGAGUCGCAUGGCCCACAGUGUGACCCUGGGCUGCGAGGGCUCUGUGCAGGGGAGCAGGAUGAAGACACAUUGAUUCAACUGACAGGAUUGUCUUAGAUUCUGAAAUCAUGUCUUUUCUACUAGGAGGAUAAAAUGUCCUUUUAUAAAAUGAAGAUGGCAGAGUGCAGUAUAUUUGCUUUUUAAAAUGCUUUUGGUCAUGGAGCAAAACGUUAGCUGCCCUUCGUGAAUCGUCUUUGCAGCCUGAAGCUUGGGGCCUUCAGAGCUGCAGCGAGUGUGUAUCUCCAUCAGAGCUCCUGGGUCUGCAGUAGCCUGCCCUCUGGUAAAGGGUGUCGCAAUGUUCCUGCUGCCUUCGGCCUAAGGAUGAGACCUGAGAUCCCCCAUGGGCUUGAGAAGUGCAGAUACUCUGUGCUAAGCCUCUGGCCACCGGAUCCCUGAGAGACACAGGAAGUGGUGUGGACGUCUAAGGGUAGACUGCCCCCUCCCUCAGGCCCUGGGAGCCUGUGGUACCACUGGAUGCUCAUGAUGAUGCCAAGUGUGGCUCGGUGACCUUACAGGCUCUGGCUUCUGCCUCCUGCCUGCCUACCCACCCACCCACCAGGCACUCAGCAGCCAGUGCUGACUUCUAGGAGUUUAGAUUCUGUGCCAGUGCAGAUUGCUCUCCUGGAAGUACCUCUUCCCACUGGCCCUCCUUUCUCUCCCUGCUCACUGGAGCCUCACUCCCUCCUCCCAUUCAUUCUGACUCCCUCUGUGCAGUAAAGUAACUGAUAUGCACGCAUGGACAGAGGGAUUCGUGUCCUGCUGCAGAAUUCCACAGUGACGUGUGUCCAUUCCAGACUGUCAGUGGGAGGAGCGAGUGGGGUGGCAGGAGGGACUUCCAUUGCCUUACUGUGUGUUGCUCAGGGUCUUUUCUUCCUUAAGUUGCUUUAUUUCAAGGUCCCUGUAUACCAGGUAAUGUGCACAUGUGCAUCAGUCUUGUUUGAAUGUGAUGUUUGUGAUCACAGCUUUCUACAUACAGGAUGACAUUUUGCAGCUGUAGUUUAGUCUGCUCUGCCCUGGGGUGUCUGCACAUUUCCCACUGCCUGUGUUGGGUGUGACAGGCCCUGAGCCUCUGCCUGGGACAUGCUGGAGAGAUGCUCCCACCAACCCUGUUGCACUUUCUGCUUUGGUGGUGAACAUGAAUUUUUCUGCAGUGGCUGGAACCACGGCAGUUUUUGCUCUUGUGCCUAGUUAAGAGCUUUCAAAAGUACGAUGGAGGGCUAGGGGUGUGGUACAGUGCUUGCCUGGCAUGCAUGAGGCCCUGGGUUCCAUCCCCAGUUCCCUGUCCCCAAAAUGGUAUGAUGGACAUUUUUGGUGUGUUAUUAUAACUUUAAUACUUUCCCCUUCUAAUUCCCCGCAAAUGCCUUAAUUUUCUGGCCCGUAUCUCACUGGGUGGAAGCGUUGGCCAUGGGAAAGUGUUGGUAUGUGCAGGUCCAGAAAGGGCUCUGAACAGCUUGCCAUGCCUGCGGGGAGGGCUGUGAAACAGGUGCGCCCAGGGUCCAGGGAGGUAUCAGAUUUUGUGUGUAGGUUUGAACUGCCUGACACCUGGUGGGACUCGGGGGCUGAGGCUUCUGCUUUAGAGGUGUUCGCAGCCUGCAGCUUUCCAGCCCGUGCGGCCCUGCAGUGUACUGUGGGGUGGGCGAGGGAGACCUGGCGAGAGUGUGGCUGCUGGCCCUGUUGUUCUGAAGAGUGAUGAGUCUUGUCCGUGUGUUGGGGGUGAGGGUGUGGAGAUUUGGGAUGAACCCCAGAGUGAAUCAACUGAAUAAAAAAAGGUUUGUGUGGACCCUCA